AAGAAAGUUUAGUAUUAGUUGUUUUUUUUUGUUUGUUUGUUUUUUUAUACUGCAGGUUCUUAUUAGUCAUCAGUUUUAUACACAUCAGUGUAUACAUGUCAAUCCCAAUCGCCCAAUUCAGCACACCACCAUCCCCACCCCACCGAAAAUAGAUUUUAAACUAAAAUAUAUAAAUUUUUGACUGAUCUAUAUGACUCUGGGUUCUGAAACUUCUACAUGUCACAUGCGUGAUACAUAACACACAAUGUCAGCCCCAGGAGAGCAAAAACACUCCAAUGAAGCAAGCCAAAGAAACAAGCUUCAAACAAGGUAAAGUGAUGUGUAGACCAGGAUUUUUCAAUUCUUUCCUGUCAUGCUGAAGCUUCCCGCUCCUGAAUAACAACACAUGUUUCCCUUGCCCUAGACAUCCAAGAGUAUGUCUCCUUUCUGGGGCAUAAGAAUCUCUAGAGUUACAUAUGUGUAGUAAAGAGUGGACCCAGCUGGCAUACUCACAAUGACCAAAUUGUGUUGAUCGUACUUUAAACCAAUACAUCGCUCCAUGAUGAAGUUGCAAUAAAUGAUAUAUUUGCUUUCUAGACAUGAAUGAGAUGCCUUACUGGAUAUACUCCAGGAAGGCCAGAGAAACUGGAAUAAUUUACUGGUGAAUUUCUUUCAGGAUAGCCCAUGAUUUAUCUAGAAUAUAAUCUUUACAUAUCUGGAUCCUUCAAACUAGACCAAAGGGAAAAUCUGGGCUGCAAGCCUCAAUUAGAAAUGUGGUAUGCUGCUAUGCUGACAGCUGGUGCUCCCUGACCUGUAUCUUCUGAGACCAGAACCCAGUGCGGUGGAUGACCAAUUCAUGAGUUGAACAAAAGAAGACCUCCUACAGGGCAGUGUAUGUGUUCAUUACAGGUAUGGCACUUAGGGCUAAGUACCGUAAGGACUACAAGAAAACAAACAAACAAAAGUAGCACAUGAAGCAUAUAUGAUAAGGAGGCACCACAGUCCAGAGCACGAGCUCUGGAAUCACACAGGCUUGGUUCGAAUCCUAGCUAAGCCACUACCAUCUGUAUAUCCUGAAGAACAGUGGAAAGUUUAAAUGUUGUUUUAUCAAAUUUCGAAAAAGAAGUGAAGAAAGAACCUAUCUGCCAGGAAGGGACAUCGUGGGGUGCAGCUUCCAGUCGGGUCAGGCUCUGCAUCCCCUGCUCAGAAACCUUCGCCGCCUGGCUCAUGGUGAUGCUGGCAGCUGAGCAGCCCUGGAGAAGGUGCUCCAGUCUCCAGGCCUCACAGAGAAGCUUGGGAGGUCCCCGGAGGAGGCUGGCCACACCCUGGCAAGCUCUGGGUGCCUCCUGCACUCAGCUCUGAGCAGACUCUGGCCUCUGGGCCCCUUGCGGGGGAAGGGCUGGCCAAUACAUACACAGGGCUGAGGGGCCUGCAGAGCCGGUGCCCAGGCAGGGUGAGCUCUGGAGGAGAAGGCUUCCACAGUCCCCAACAGUCUCCGCAUGGUGGCCCAUCCGGUGCCAAACACCUGCCACCCACAGCGAGAAGUCCCAGCCACUAGAAAGUCCAGAAGGGGUCGGGCUGUGGGGCCCCUUUGCCCUUGGGCCGGGGUUUCUCCAGAGGCUGGGCUUGCAUGCGCUCCCUGCCCCACCCCCUGCCCCACCCACCCUUUCUCUGUGACAGGUAAAAUGGACAUGUUACAAGCGCCAGGCUGAGCCAUCCAGUGUCCAGUGCGUGCUAGACCUUGAGAGGAGGUGAAGCUAGGGAGAAGCACUCCCAGUUUCACACUCUAUUCUCGGAUCGCUUGGAGCACAACCGGUUCUACAUGGGCAAUUUAGUUUGUAAAUUUCGUACCUGGCUCCGCCACCGCUGGCCCUGCCGGCCCCAGUGCCCGCCCUGCCGUGGGGCCCUGGUGGGCUGUCACCCGCUGGUUUUGCCCUCCUGGGAGGCUGCCACAUCUGACCGGGACCACCCCGCUGCUCCAGCGCCUGCCUUCUGCCCUGGUCGCAGGCUUUCCCACCGGGAUCGAGUGCCUUUAUCGCCUGGCUUUUACAUCGCGCCAGAAAGGCAGUAUCCCAUCCAGCAGGCCGGGAACUCCCGGCUGGGGAUGCUUCCCUUGGUGAACUGGAGGAACUCGCCAAAGAAGCCCGUGCUGUCUGCUCAUAAUUCCAUCAUGUUCGGCCACUCGAGAGCCAUCAAGAUUCCUCCACUGGGGCACAAAUUUACCCUCCUGCGUUCACCACCUGAGCAGGUAGUCAAGGUUAGGAAGCCGGUACCAUCCAGUCACCUCCCACUUCCUUCCCCAAAGGAGAGGGAGGUGAAGGUCCAAGAAGAGCCCCAAAGAGGCAUGGCAAAGAUGGAGGAUAACACAGAGACCAAAGGAGAGGACGAUCGGAAGAGGGGUCACCGUAGUAAUCGGGAUAUACCAUUGACAUCUAGGCCCCAGGAGACCAGUGGAGUCCUCACUUCCCUCAAGUGCGAUCCUGAGCCAGUGGACCUCCUUCCCGAGCACCCAGAAGACAACUUGAGUGAGAAUGCCCAGAUGUCUCCAAUGAGCUCCUCCUCAGAAAGCCAUGUCAUCUGCUCAGAUGGAGAUCCUGGAGAUGUCCUGCCUCCUUGGAAGCCUGAGUCCCAUGCCCUGGUGUUCUGUGCCCCAACCACAUGCUGCUCCCUGCUGCAUGCUGGAGAGGCCAAAAAAAGAAGUGCUGGGUGAAGACCACCGGCCCAAAUCACCAGGCUCACUGAUGUCUGGGAAGGAGCUGCAGCGUGAAAAAUCUUCAGACAUCCCAUCAAGAAGCUCCUCUUCCCUGGUAUCUACCAGGAGUAGGCCCUGCAAGCGGAAGAUUCCCCUGCCGCUUUUUCUGCCGCUGCCGGGACUGAGGUCACCCCUGCCGCUGACAAGGGAUCGAGGAACACAACUUCUGUAAACUUUAUUUCUGUCAGAACCUGUCUCGCCAAACCAUGGCUGGAAGAAGCUCUGGAUACAGAUCAGGGGCAGAGGGUCCUCAGGGGCGGCGCCCAGUCCACCCUGCGGAGGCGGUCGGCGUUGAAGUCCAGCAGGCCCUCCGGCAGGGAGGCGCGCACGGCGGGCAGAGGCACCGAGUCCUGCAGCGCGCACAGGUCCUCACAGCGCCAGAAGUCGGCCACGCUGUCGCGGCGCAGCUUCACCGAGUGAUCAUGGCCCGAGCGCGGCCUCGGGGACGCUGGCUGCAGAUAGGAUGCCCACACCCGCCUGGGGGCCACGGCUCGCCUCCCGGCCCCUCGGGCGCCCAUCGCCCAGCGGCUGUGGCCCCCGCAGCCUGCGCAGGACCGGCGUCGCAGCCAGAAGACGCAGGGCCACGGGCCCCAGCUAGGCCGGCCCCUCGAUGCCGCGCUCCCGCGCGGCUUCCCGCCCACAACGCCGGCCGUUGGCGCCGACCUCAUUGGCCUCCGCGCCGCGGGCCAGUAUGUUGUUUUUUGUUUUUUGUGGUUUUGGUCACAAUUUUGUACAACCAUCUCCAGAACACUUCACGGUGCAAAACUGAAACUCUGUACCCAUUAAGCAACUAUAUUUUCCGAAUAAUAUUUUAAGUUGCCUUUUUAAAAAA